AUGACAGGUAACGAGCUCAUCGAUCAGUUCAACAUCGAGGACAACGAUGUGGACAUGAACUCCGGCGGCGACCAAGAUGAUUACAUAGACGGAGCAGAUGCUCCUGCAGACGAUGGCUUCAAGCUUGACGGCUACAGUGACCUUGGCGAUGACAACGACAACGACGAAAACUACGAAAACGACGACAACGAGGCCAAGGACGACGACUCCGAGUACGACGACAACACCACCACCGGUCAGAAACGCAAGCGUGCCCGCCCUGCGUUCUCCCCCAGCACUCAAACCACCGACGGCGAAGCAUUCAUCAUCGAAGAGGGCACCAACUUCCUCAGCACCGUGACUCCCCAUGUGCCCGGCACUUUUGGCCGCCGCAAUCGCGGGCCGGGUGAGAGUCUGCCUGCGUACCACAGAAAAGUCUCUGCAACCUUGGACUCGGACGACGAGCUCAUGAUGAAGAUGCGUGAGAAGGGCUUCAGUGACCGCCAGAUUGCUGAUAAACUGGCCAAGGAUGGUCGUGUUCGUUACGAUCAAAAGUCCAUCUCCACGCGCAUCAUGCGUAUCCGUCUUGCGCAGGCCGGUAACGUGGACUUCCUCCUCAAAGAAGGAUACAAGGAGUGGGAGUUCAAAGACGACUGCCUCCUCAUGCAAGCCUACGCCCUCGCUGACAUAGAAGUCAGCUACGAACUAGAGCGUAUCCGCGCAUGGCGCUUCCGCAAAGUAUCCGAGUACAUGCGACGUCUGAACAAGGCCACGCUCUUCUCCGAAACCGCCUGUCGCGAGCGCUACAACGCCCUCGUCGAAGGCACAGCCCGCAUUCCCACAGACCUAGACGACGACCCGGAUACCCGCCGCGCGGAGAUGGAAGCCUUCCGCGAGGCCCGCGAGGAAAUCCGCUUCAAAGAACAGCAAGAAAAGGAAAUGCAGGAGGCGCGGGACCGCAUAGCCAAAGACCAGACCAAGGAGAAGAACGCGCAAAAGGCCCAGGAAGCAGCAGAUAAGCGCGCCGCGAAGGAAACAGGCAAAGCCCAGCGCGCCAUGCAGCGUGCUGCCAAAGCACAGCUAAGAGCCCAACGCGCGGCGGAGAAUCAGCAGGCGAAGACACAGCGCAACGCGCAGAUCAAGCGGCAGAAAGACGAGGCUGAGAAGAGGAAGAAGAAGGUAGCUAAGGUCGAUCCCAAGCCUAAGCUAACUCCCAAAUCGAAAGCUAAAGGUAAAGAGGCUGCGACGCCUGUUACUGCCAAAUCCAAGACUGCCGCCGAAAGACCAGAUCCACGCAGUUUCCUUUCUCUCCGAGACCUGGCCAAACUGUGUGCUGACCGCGGUAUCUCCACCGACGAAAAGACCAAAGCGCAGCUCCUCGGCGAGGUGCGAGAUGCUGAUGAUGAGUGGACAGCCGUGGAGCUGAAGAAGAUGUGCAAGUCGAAGGGCCUGAGCAUGCAGGGGAGUAAGUCGGUGAUGCGGCACCAGUUGGCGCUGGCGGCUGCGCAGCUGUUUCCGUCGUUUGAGAAGGUUGCGGAUGUUGGAGAGAGCGCGGAGGAUAUGGGGAGUGGUGUGGAGUGA